AUGAAGAAAUUUUUUGGUAUUGAUACGAGUUAUGAAAAGACAUGGAGAUGUAGAGAGAAUGCACUUAUGUAUGUUAGGGGGACACUUGAAGAUUCUUAUUCUAAGUUGCCAUCCUACUUGCACAUGUUGCGACAAAAGAAUCCAGGUACAAGUACUGAUUUGUUUCACUUAAGAUGGUUGUUUCCUAUAUUGCUUCUUUUCCUUGGAGUUUGCAGAAGGGGAUUCAGAUCUUGUCGUCCUGUGAUAUAUAUGGAUGGCACAUUCUUAAAGAAAAAGUACGGUGGCCACAUGCUAUGUGUCGUUUCAUUUGACACAAAUAGUCACUUAUAUCCAAUUAUGUUUGGGUUGGUUAAUAGUGAGAACCACAACUCUUGUAAGUAUUUCAUGACGAAGUUGAAAGAAGCCAUUGGGGACAUUGAUGACCUGAGUUUCGUAUCAGACAUGCAUGCUAGCAUUAUUCAUGCUCUAGAGAUUGUCUUUCCUCAUGUCUAUCACGGUGCAUGCUACCGUCACAUCAAUAUGAAUGUAAAAGCUAAGUCCAAGACAGAUCACUCUCACAAUGAGAUGAAUGCAGCAACCUAUGUAUGGAAGAAAACAGAAUUUCAAAUGCAUUUUGUAAAUAUUAAGCAAAUGAAUCCUUCCAUAGCUGAAUAUCUGGAGGGAAUUGGUUUCAAUAAGUGGUAUCGUCUUUUCUUUCAUGGGAAACGAUACAAUAUAUUGACAAGCAACUAUGCUAAAAGCUUCAACAACAAGACCAGUGAUGAAAGAACCUUUCCAGUCACAAAUUUUUUGGAAUUCAUUCAGUUCACACUGCAAUCUUUGUUUUCUGAACGACGUAGUGCCUCAAAGAACAAUACCACCAAAUUAUCACCCCCUAUAGAGGCAGAUUUGUCACAAAUUCCUGACAAAGGAAGGUUCAUGAGUGUCUACGCCAUUGCCUAG